AUGGAACCUUUAAGAGCUAAAGUAAUUCCUAUUCCUCAUAAUCUUAAUCUUCUAAGUGUCAUCAUUCCCUAUUAUGGCUUUGUUAAUGAGUGCGCUGAACUCUUUCUACAACUUGAUCGCAAAAGCAGAACUGUUUGGAACUCCAACUUGAAGGCCAUCUUGGAUGUUAUCAUGAACUACAAGCAAUGUACUCUGGUAAAGGACAUCCAGAGGUCAUUCAGUAAAGGCUUAGCGGAGAAAUUAUUAAUAGCGAACAACCACUUAUACUUUAGUUUGAAAGUAGACUUGCUCACUCCUUCUGACUUCCAGGGCAUCAACCUUUUCAUGGACGAGAUGAUCUUGCAUCCAAGGCAUCAAUUUCAUAAAAUCAAUAUUCAGCUCAAACCAAACACCAUAAAGAAAUGCAAUGAUUUCAUAGAGAAAUAUUCAUUGAAGGGAUUCGAUCUAGAAGCUAUUUCUUUCGAGGGAAGGUCACUUGAAGCUUUAAGGAACAGACUGUCAUUAAGAAGGGACCAAUAUCCGUUUAAGAGAUUUGCUGGUCCAGUAAAAAUCAUGUAUCCAAAGUCUUGAUUUGAGGACCCUUCUUCAUGGUUGGAUGCCUCUAUCAAUAAAAUUCCGAAGACAAAGAAUGUAGGCAAUAUCAUGAAGAUACUUUACAAAGACGGAAAGACUAUCUGAAUCGAUUUCAGAGCACUGAAUACUAUUCUUGAGUUAUAGCCGAAGAUAUAGAGUUUGAAAACUGUCAGGAAGAGUGAAGAACACUAGAGCUUGACACGAUUUCGUCAAUAAUAAAACCUACAACAUUAUUUACAGACCCAAUGACUAUCAAAUGACUAGACAAACUGCUCACUUCUCUUCCCAACGUUGAUAAGCUAAUUUGAUGAUAUCCUCCGAUAUUUACAAAUCUCGUUUCUGAAGUAUUCGUUGAUUCAGAAAAUUCGUGUCCGAAUUUAUCAAAAAUUACAUACUUUGAGUUUACCUCUGAAUUUGAUGAUUAUGAUGUCAUCAUUGAUGUGAAGUUAGACAAAGCUGAGCUGAUAUACAUUGAUCCAAGCAAUGCAAAUAUCCAUGUGUUCCUUCUUUCAGAUGUCACUCUUAAAAUUGAUAGAGAAAAGGCAUCCUAUGUGAAAGAGUCUGAAUUGGUUGAUGUUGAAGAAGAAUCAAAGGAAGGCAUUAGAGUCGACUCUCAUAUCCUCAUAAAAUUUCGUCACCCCAAUUCGAUCUAUCAUUUAAGUUUCACAAAGAUCAAGAAAAUUGAAGUCUGAGAUAAAAUUCCAAAUCUGAAUAAGAUCCAGUCAGAUCUUACGUUGAGGAUCAAGUGAAGCUCCCCAAUUAUCUUACCACAGGCAAUGAUUCCUUCAGUCCCACUGAAAACUUUAAUUGGAGCUCGAUAUAUCAUAGAUACUCCUACUUUGAGGCCAAAUGGCGCAAUGCUCUUUCCCUUUGUGACAUUCAACAAUAUUUUGAGUUCUGUGAGGCCAAAAUAUUUCUUUAAUCUCUGGAUUGAACCUUCUGAUAAAAAGAACAAAAAUUGGGGUGAUUCAAAUGAAGAAAUUACUAGGAUGUGAAAAAUUGAUUACUCUCAUUGUAUUAAAGCAAUAGAAAGCUUGCCCAAUAAUGGCCUAGUUUCUAUUUUUAUUAAUACAUAUUUUCGUCGAUAUGUAAUCAGUCCAAAGCCAGAUCGAAGCAUAGGUGUUGUCAAAUAUGAGCUUACAGAUAAACAAUUAUAUAAAGAAUUUAAAAAGGAUUGCAGUGGGAGACAAUUUUGUGUUCUACUAGAUAAACUACAGACUACUAACCUUCAAGAAUUCAGAUCUGAAGGCAUCAUUUACGAAGAUGAAGUAGUCAAAAAGUUCUGAGAGUUGUGAGAAGCCAAUCUUGCUAUCAGAGAUAUUGAACUCAAUCUGGAGCAUCUUCGCCAUGUAAAACAGAUUCUUUAUUCAUUGAGAAAUAAUUAUGUUAUCAAGACUGUCAGACUUCUCACCGAACAGAAGAUCAAAGAAGCCAAUGCAUUUAAUAACGAAGAAGAAGUUAAAGAUUCUGAUGACCAAGCUCUCCUCUGCCGAGAGAUCUUAGAAUACUGUGAAGAGUUCAGAAACAAAAGAAUUGGGACUGAGAUAAUGCUGAACACUACCCACAAAAGGUUCAAAUGUUCAAUUAAGAAGGGCUUCGAUUUGUAUUACAAGUAAUCAGAAAUUGUCAGAUUCCAA